AUGUUUGGUAGAUUCGGUAACUUGGCCCCCGUGCUUGCCCAAAAUGGGCAGCAGCAACAACAACGUGGCAUGGCCACCUUAAAACACAUCUCCAUGCGUUUGAAAUCCGUCAAAAAUAUUCAGAAGAUCACCCAAUCCAUGAAGAUGGUGUCUGCAGCCAAGUAUGCCAGGGCUGAGAGGGAAUUGAGGGCUGUGAGGCCUAUCGGAGAUGGAACCAAGCAAUUCUAUGAAAAGGCUGAAGUGACCCCUAUUGCUGAUGUGCCAGCUAAGUUGGUGAUUGCCAUAACUUCUGAUAGAGGUCUUUGUGGGGCUGUGCACACCAGUGUGGCUCGUCAUAUUAGGAAUGAACUGGCCAUAGAUGAUCAGAAUACCAAAGUUGUUUGUGUGGGUGACAAGUCUCGUUUGAUUCUCCAGCGUCUCUAUGGAAAGAACAUCAUCAUGGCUUGCAAUGAAAUUGGCCGUCUGCCCCCUACUUUCAUAGAUGCCUCCAAACUGGCUGAUGCUAUCCUGAAAUCUGACUACAAAUUCAACUCUGGGGAGAUUGUAUUCAACAGGUUCAAGUCUGUUGUGUCUUACAACACACAGACUCUGCCUGUCUUCAGCUUGGCCUCUGUCACGGCUGCUCCCAAGCUGUCCAUCUAUGAUUCUUUGGACGACGAAGUGGUCCAGAGCUACUUGGAGUUCUCUCUGGCCUCCCUGCUGUUCUAUUCGAUGAAAGAGGGCGCCUGCAGCGAGCAAUCCUCCAGGAUGACGGCCAUGGACAAUGCCAGCAAGAACGCAGGCGAGAUGAUCGACAAGUUGACUCUGACGUUCAACCGUACCAGACAGGCGGUCAUCACCAGAGAGCUGAUCGAAAUCAUCUCUGGGGCAUCGGCGCUUUAA